GGAGAGACCCCUCUACCUAAUGUGAUGGAAACAGCCUUUUAUUUUGAACAGGCUGGAAUUGGCUUGAGCAAAGAUGAAUCCUUUCACAUAUUCCUUGCCCUUAAAAAACUUAUUAGUGUUCAGCCAAUCCAGACCUGUCGCUUCUGGGGCAAAAUUUUGGGCCUAGAGAUGAACUAUAUUAUAGCUGAAGUACAGUACCGUGAGGGGGAAGAGGACGCGGAAGUAGAAGAGGAAGAAGGUACUGAGGAAGGAGGGAAAGGGAUGGGUGAGGUCGAAGACAAAGAUGAGGAGAAAGAAGAAGAUGAACCACCAAAGUCCACCUAUAAGCCCCCACCUGUCAUCCCAAAAGAAGAAAAUGGGACUGGGGCUAAUAAAUAUGUCUACUUUGUCUGUAAUGAACCAGGCAAACCCUGGGUGAAGUUGCCUCCAGUGACACCAGCCCAGAUUGUCUGUGCCAGGAAAAUCAAGAAGUUCUUCACUGGUAGGCUGGAUGCUCCUGUUGUGAGCUUUCCUCCGUUCCCUGGAAAUGAGGCCAAUUACCUGCGUGCGCAGAUAGCUCGCAUCUCAGCGGGAACCCACAUCUCUCCCAUUGGAUUUUACCAGUUUGCAGAGGAAGAAGGAGACGAAGAGGAGGAGGCAGAAGGAGGAAGAGAUACAUAUGAAGAAAACCCCGAUUUUCAGCCUCUUUCUGUGGCUGAAAUGGUGGAUUCUCUCUCCGCGUGGGUACACCAUGGACAGAGUAUUCUAAGGCAG